UGGUCACUGGUCUAUCCCAACAUGGAGGGCAGAGGCCGCGGGCGCUGACGCCUGGCCCGCGUGGGAGCGAGUGGGGUUCGGGACACCGGGAGUGGCCGGGGGACAGCGCCAUGCCUCACAAGAAGAAAAAGCCCUUCAUAGAGAAGAAAAAAGCAGUAACAUUUCACUUAGUGCACCGAAGUCAGAGGGAUCCUCUUGCUGCUGAUGAUACUGCACCCCAAAGAGUUCUGCUGCCCACACAGAAAGGGCAUGAGGAGCAAAGAAGGGCAGAGCAGCGCAAGUAUGGUGUCUUCUUUGAUGAUGACUAUGACUAUUUGCAGCACCUCAAAGAAGCCUCUGGUCCCUCUGAGCUUGUCCCAUCUGUGCGUGGACAGCAAAGCAGAAUUGUCAUCACAAGUGAGGGGCACAUAGAAGAUGAAAUUCAGAGAAUUUCAGCUCCAUCCAUUAAGUUGCCUUCCUCGGUAUUUGCCACAGAGUUUGAAGAAGAUGUAGGCUUGUUAAAUAAAGCUGCUCCUGUUUCAGGACCACGGCUAGAUUUUGACCCAGAUAUUGUUGCCGCUCUUGAUGAUGAUUUUGACUUUGACAAUCCAGAAAAUAUCCUGGAAGAUGAUUUUGUUCUACAAGCAAAUAAACCACAGAAGCGGGGACCAGAUGCUGAGGAUGAAGACGAAUGGGAGGAUAUGGAAGAUGAUAGUGAUGAAAAGGAUAGCUGCAGUACUGAUAAAGACUAUGAUUCAGAAGGUCCUUUGUCAGAUGAUGAGGGUAAUGGACGGACAAAAGAAUUCCUUUUUAUGCAAGAAGAAACUAAGAGUCGUUUCACAGAAUAUUCUAUGACAUCUUCAGUAAUAAGAAGGAAUGAGCAGUUAACCCUGUUGGAUGACAGGUUUGAGAAGUUUUAUGAACAAUUUGAUGAAGAUGAGAUUGGAGCCUUAGAUAAUGUGGAGUUAGAAGGCUACAUUAACACAGACAAUGCUCGGUUGCAGGAAGUCCUGGAUGAUUACUACAAAGAGAAAGCAAAGAAUUGUGUGAAAUUGGAUGCUCUUGAACUUGAGGAAGAUUUGGACUCUCCUGCAAAUGAAGAAAGUGAAGAAGAAAAGGAAGAAAUCGUAACUGUCGUUAUUGAAGAGCCAAAAGAAAAGUGGGAUUGUGAAUCCAUUUUGAGUACCUAUUCAAACUUGUAUAAUCACCCAACACUUAUUAAGGAGCCAUCAAAGCCUAAACCAAUAAAAAUCUCUCAGAAGACUGGAAUUCCCCUGCAUGUCUUGCCUGAGAAAGGUCUCACUGCUAAGCAGGUGGAACGCAUGCAGAUGAUAAAUGGCAGUGACCUGCCAAAAGCAUCAACACAGCCUCGUUCCAAAGCUGAGAGCAAAGAGGAUCGCAAAGCCAGAAAACAGGCAAUAAAAGAGGAGCGAAAGGAACGCAGAAUGGAGAAGAAAGCCAACAAGCUGGCCUUCAAACAGGAGAAAACAAGACAAGAGAAAGAGUUGCUCAACCUGAAACAAAAUGUGCAAGGUCUGAAGCUGUCCUGAUGAAACUAAGAAACUUACUGUGGAAACAUCCCUAAUUUUUCAUUUGCAUUGAGAAGGGAACUGCUAACUCUCACCUUUCCUAGUCCUGCUCAAAGAGGGUUGCUCAAAUCUCCCUGUAACAAGACCCAGUAAUUUGUCAUUUUUUCUGAAGUGAAAUUCUAUAUAAAAUAAUGUAUUGGUGAUAUCUGUUCUGUCAUGAGUGACAUGGCAAUUGCUGCAAAGUUUCAUUACAGUAGAAAUGAAUUAAAAUUAUGAGUAUUUUCUUACAAGUUAUCAAUGAACAGAGUUAUAUAUAUAUGUUGAAUGUAUUCAACAAAUCAGCAGAAUCCUACAGAUUUGAACUGAUUAGAUUCUUCUAUUAAAUUAUUUCAUUUUACAAAACAGUAUUUUCAUUUAUGUCUUCUCUCUCUUACACUGAUGGUUGAAUAUAGUUCCUUGCUAUGAUACAGUUUUGUAAGUCAAGGAGUUUACACCCACUCCUCCUUGGUUCUUUUUUUUGGGUAAGUUAUUUAUUGUUUUGGUUUAUGAUGGAAGCCUUUUUGUAAACAAAGGUGUCUGAAAAGCUGUUAGUGUAGCUAGACAUCGUUGUUACCUAACCCUGAGUUUUACAUUUCCUUGCAAAUAAAAUCUGUUGUAAGGACUGUUACA